CUUCCUCCUCCUCCUCCAGCCCAGCCCAGCCCAGCCUAGCUCCCCUUCCUCAACUCCCAUUCCUCUCUCUACUGUGUUUGGAAGCUAGAUUGUUGAAGAGGUCGGACAUCCGGGACCGCCUCAACCACAGUUUCAAUAUGAAAUCCUCGUGAUCUUGUGAGAAAGGCCGUCUUACCUCGAUCAUUGGUAUAUUUCUAGUUGCGAUUUGCCAUUGCUCUUGUUCAUUGGGAAGUGUGAUCAAUUGGUGAGGCCGAGGUGGAGGGAGGGAGAGAGCGAGAGAUUGCGCGCGACGGAGUAGUAGAGGCGAAGGGGUUGCCUCUUGGAUUUAGGGUUGUUAGAUUCGUGUAGGCGUUGUUGCGGAGGCCGGCACAAUGCCUCUGUUCAUGACUGACUCGGAGCUGGAGACAGAGGGCGGAAAUAUUGAGGUGGUCGUAUCAAAGGCUGAUGCCUUCAUCCGAGAGUUGCAAGAGCAGCUAGAGGCGCAGAAGCAUGCGUCCGAGGAGCUCGAGCAGAAGCUCGCCGCGGCUGAGAAUGCCUUACAGCAGUCAAAAGAGCAUAACCAGGAGUUGGAAUCAAAACUUGAGCAGUCACGGAAGGAAUUGGAAUCUUUGAAGAAGGGUUCACAUGUGAGAAAGGAUCUUUCCGCACCUAAACAUGUUCCGGAUGUCGACGUACACGCAAAAGUGCCUAAGCUUCACGUGAAGGUCAAGCCAGAUAUUGUCAAGAAACCGUUGCCGCAGGUCCGGAAGUCUCUUCCCGAAGGUUUUGCACCUAAGACAGGUAACGGAGUCCCUGCAUUGAAGCUCUCUAAAGAGGACCAAGACACUCUCGAGAACAUGGAUAAAGAAGAUGCAAAGCUUGGAGAAGAAUUGGCUGCUCUCAAGAGUAAAGGUGGCAAUACUUCCGCAUUAGGUGUCAAGAGCCAGGAGCGUGCUGAGAAGAGGAGAGAAUUCUAUGCUAAAUUGGAGGAGAAAAUGAAGGCUAAAGAAGAAGAGAAGAAUCAAUUGGAGGCUAAGAAAGAAGAAGAAGCAGAGAACAAAGUGAAGGAGUUGCGAAAGGGUCUCAAGUUCAAGGCCACUCCUCUGCCAAGUUUCUAUGCCGAAGGUCCACCAAAAGUGGAAGUUAAGAAGAUUCCACCAACCCGACCUAUUUCUCCUAAGCUGACUACAGCGCGGAGAGCCAGUUUGUACGAAGCGGAGCACGAUGGAUCUAAAUCUCCAGUGGCUCGAGUUAGGAAUGGAGACAACACAUUCAAAGAUGAAGUCAGGAAGUCGGUGAACAGGCGUUCUAAGAGUAGCAACAGCCGAGAGAGCGGCGCUGGGAUGGCUAAGCUCAGCACUGGUCCUGCGAGCAAGGACGAUUCGACUAUGCAAGCCCCGGCUGCACCAGAAGCGACAGUUGCAUACUAAAGGGCAGCCUGUUUUAUCUGCACCUUUCCUGUGAGCAUGGUUUCCGUAGCAGCUGUAGUAUGAGUAUAUUUUGUGGUAUACAUUUAAGGAAAGUGUGUUGGUGGUUCUUAGGUUGUUGCAUUUCCAGCGGUCACGACUAGGUUGUACUCGGUGUCUCAACAGAAUAGAGUCCAUGUGCGAAUGGUACUUCUUAUUGUUUUUGAGAAGGAUUUCUAGAUGCCAGAUGUGACAGGGAAGAUCGUUAACAUUGGAUGCGCACACCGUGUUAGCUAUGUAGAGCAAUGAGUUAAAUGCAUUUAGAUCUUGCUUAAGUGAUCUGAGUCUUGGUAGGAAUUGAUGAAAGUUAGUGGAAGCUCUAUUGCAGGGUUUUGUGUUGUUUGUAACGUUAUUAAUUGGGUGAUAUGUCAAGGGGCAUUUUUGCCUUGUCGAGUUUUAUAGUUUCUACUGAGAUUUUCACUGCUCUGCGUUUCUCUGAAACCUAUUGUUAAAUGGAAUAUUUCUGUACUAUUAUGUUAAUACA